UUCCGAGCGGACGUAGCGCAAAUCCGAGCCAUCUGACGUGGAGGAUUUAUAGGUUUAGGGCGAAAUUGCUUUCCCCCUCUGUGAGAUUAAGCACAGUGGGAUGCGGGAUGUAUGUAGAGUAUCUCAUGAUGUUGGGUGCGGAUCAUGUCGGGAAGAUGCAUAUUGUGCGCAAAAAGUUUGGCAAGUUCUAGCCUGUGAUUGUGCGACUUUUGGAGCGGGCUGAGACUGCGGGCACCAUGCACACGGAUGUGGUGCUGCUCUCCUUGCUGCUGUGGAUGGCCGGUGCGUCCGGGACGAAACUACCGAGGGGACAAAUGCUGCAGCCGUACAGAUACAUCAGAACAAAAAGAGAAAUGCCACUGAUGGCGGCACCCAUCCGCAAGAUUGGCAGCCCCAUUUUCAAGAGAAGCCCUGACAUAACCAAAGCCUCGACAACCAAGUCCGAGCAGCUCCUCAGGAUCGACGACCACGACUUUACGAUGCGACCGGGUUUUGGAGGUCCAGCUGUGCCAGUUGGAGUUGAUGUUCAGGUUGAAAGUUUGGAUACAAUUUCAGAGGUCGACAUGGACUUUACAAUGACCCUGUAUCUGAGGCACUACUGGAAAGAUGACCGUCUGUCUUUCCGAAGCAACAACAACCAGAGCAUGACAUUUGACGGCCGCCUGGUGAAGAAAAUCUGGGUGCCCGACAUGUUUUUCGUCCACUCCAAGAAGUCCUUCACACAUGACACCACCACUGAUAACGUCAUGCUGCGAGUCUACCCAGAUGGCAAAGUCCUCUACAGCCUCAGGGUCACAGUCACGGCCAUGUGUAGCAUGGACCUGAGUCGAUUUCCUCUCGACACGCAGACGUGCUCUUUGGAAAUAGAGAGCUAUGCUUAUACGGAUGACGAUCUGAUGCUGUACUGGAAGGAAGGGAACCAGUCAUUGAACACAGAUGAGCGAAUUUCCCUCUCCCAGUUCCUGAUCCAAGAGUUCCACACGACCACCAAGCUGGCCUUCUACAGCAGCACAGGCUGGUAUAACCGUCUGUACAUCAACUUCACCCUGCGGCGUCACAUCUUCUUCUUCCUGCUGCAGACCUACUUCCCUGCUACUCUGAUGGUCAUGCUGUCCUGGGUGUCCUUCUGGAUCGACCGCAGGGCCGUUCCUGCCAGAGUGCCACUGGGCAUAACCACGGUGCUCACCAUGUCCACCAUCAUCACCGGCGUCAACGCCUCCAUGCCCAGGGUCUCCUACAUCAAGGCUGUGGAUAUUUACCUCUGGGUCAGUUUUGUUUUUGUGUUCCUAUCGGUGAUAGAGUACGCUGCCGUCAACUACCUGUCCACGCUACAAGAACGCAAGGAGAGGAAACUUCAAGAAAAGCUGCCCUGUACAUGCGGUAUAUCCCAUCCCGGCAUGAUGUCGGCCAGCUACAGUGACGUGGACCCCAACACCACAGGGAAUUACGGCAUGCCAGAGGAAAAUGGGGUGAAAAGGGAGAGAAUGCUGGUGCAACUGGCGAUGGAGAGUGACCAGAUCACCGGCCAUGUUGGCCCCAACGACUACACCAGCGUCUGGAUCGACACGCAUGCCAUAGACAAGUACUCCCGAGUCAUCUUUCCUGGCGCGUACAUCCUCUUCAACAUCAUCUACUGGUCGAUCUACUGUUAGGACAUGGGACUGAAAGUGACUUAAGAGCAAGAAAGGUUUGAACGCUUCACAGACAAGUGUGAAAAAUGUGCCAGCUCGCUCAUCAAAGAGGUGACAAGACACACCGAGCUCACAGCAUCGAUUUGAUCUUCAUAUUUUAUGGUGAAAGAAAGAAGUCAAAUUGUAAUUAUACUUGAGAUUAUGGCCAAACGAUAUGGCACAAAGAAAAAAUCAUAUUGGA